GGGGUUCGCUGAUGCUGUUCACAUCAUCAAAAAGAGCAUCUAUCUGCAAAUUUAUUCAAACUUCGACGUCCUAGCCACUAAUAGAGAAAUAUCAUGUCAUGACGAAGAGCAUGCCUGGUGGAACUGCGAACAGCUGGAAAUAGAGCCUGCAGGGUUUCUAUCAACCUCCGAUGAGCCUGCAGGGUUUCUAUCAACCUCCGAUGAGCUGGCGGUCGGCCUUGUCUGUAGACCAUUCAACUCAAUCGCAAGUGUUACAUCUUUUGACCACUGGUCCAUGGAAAUGGUUUUGCCCAACAUUCCUAGGGAGGAAAGAACUCCAGAUGAACCCCUGUCUUCGCGUUCUACCGGUGGGCACCUUGGUAGCAUGACAACCACUACGACUACAGCCUCUCCUCCACACAUUCCGAUGAAUCACACGGGACACUCCCGUGAACACAGAAGAAGUGUAUCAGCAGUGGCCACCUGCACACUUUACGGGAGUUUUUUCUCGCAUAGCUUGGAUGACAUCACUUUGCACAAUUGUGACAUGUUCCAGGAUGAGCGAGGCCCAGUUAAUGGUGCUCUACUUGCUAUCUCUGGAACACAAGAGAUAACGUUUCCUGGGAUCGAGAGCAAGACACAUGGUUUAAACCUUUUCUGCGUCGACGACCAAUGCCCGGAUGGGUUUGCCCUUGCCUAUUGGUUUACAUUGCCGCCCUGUACAAAGCCAGCUAUAACCAUAUCGAUAACUAAUGGAUUGCAGAAAUGCUUUAAACUGGAAGCCGUGUCGCGAAUUCGUAUGAAAUAUGACGACGUCAACGAUGACGGACAGAUAACGAUGUCAACCGUGGACUGGGCAAUGGACGACAUACCUGAAUAUUCUUCGGAGUUGCUCUACUCCAGAACCUUCACAUCAACACCCUACGAGACCACGCCCUGUCCUGGGUGCCGAUGUAGGGAUCUAGUCUGGAACCACGUGGCCCUCAACAUCCAUCGAUCAAACAUGACCUGUGAGUUAUACAUCAACGGGGAACCCGAAGUAUUUGAUUGCAACCCCCUUCAAGAUUGUCUGUCCUCGGUGGAAGGACGUCUUAACCUUGUUGCACAACUAGGAACUGACGUUGGUUUGGACGAGGUGGGACUAUGGCGAAGGCCGCUUGAUGAGAACGAGGUGAAGUCAUUGUAUCACCAGCCAACUGAUAUCCCAGAAACCUUCACGGGAAUCCCGCUUUGGGCCGUACCGAAAAGGGAGAGAUCAAACAAUUGUCCAUGUGAAGAAGUGACAGCAAUGGAAGUCUUAGAGUAUAUAGAGGACAAGGAAGAGAUCGAUUCAAGCGAUUUGAUUCAAGUUGCAGAAUCGUUGUUGACGAUCACCAAUAAGACUGAUUUCUCUCUCAUCACUGAUAUGAGGCAAAAAUAUGAUGCCGUUCAGAGUUCUCUGGAUACCAUCUCUUAUAUUGCUCAUCUCGGUGCACAAAAGGUCAAGAAGACCGCAGAGAACACGGCUGAUCUCCAAGAAGUGGGGCACAACAUUCUUGGUUCUCUCGAUCGCUUGCAGAAUGCAAUCCUAAAUGAUGGCACGAUCGUCCAUCCACUCAUCUCUGACUUAAUCGAAAUUGUAAUGGAACCAGCGGAGCCAGAUAUGGACUUCUUGUAUCGCAGUGACGAGACUGGUAUUGGAGACGGUGAAACUAGCGUUCGCAUUCCAUCAGAAAACUUUAACAGUGGAUCUCGAGUGAGUGUGGCGCAUUUGAGAGAGUUCCCCGCCGCUUUUCUACCGACGAGACUAGCUCGGAGAAAUGGUUCUACGGUUCUCACUAAUGUGACGUCAUCCGUGAUCAGCGUCCACACUACUGGGAUUGAUGUAAACUCCAUGAAGGAGGAUCUCAUUAUGACUAUCCCUCAUCGUCCAAACACGAUGAAACCGAAGGGUGCCUCGUUCUUAUGUGCAUUCUAUGAUACCAACUCUCGGCAUUUUUCCGCGAGGGGUUGUAUGGUAGUACCAAGCAUCAGUAAUGACCAAUCAACGACCUGCUCGUGUAAUCACAUGACCAGCUUUGCUAUUUUGAUGGCUGUGACGGACAUAACGAUCUCCCGCGGUAACGAACUUUCUUUGGAUGUGAUCACCUACACAGGGUGUAGUUUGUCGAUUGUUGCACUCGUCUUUUCACUUAUUGUCAUCGGUGUAUCCAAAUUGAAGUCCAUUCGCAUUCGUAUUCUUACCAACCAGUGCGUAGCCAUGUUUCUUGCUCAGAGUCUGUUCAUUUCCGCAGUCAAGAAUGCCUCGGUCAACAAGGUUGCUUGCAAAGUGGUGGCAGUAUUUCUCCAUCUUUUCUUUCUCGCCGUAAUGUUCUGGAUGCUUGUCCAAGGGGUCUACAUGUACAGUAAGACCACCAUGUUGCAUAAAGCCGUUAUCCCUCUCAAGUACUUCAUCGUUGUUGGUUGGGGAGUACCAGUUGUUAUCGUUGCUGCCACUACUGCAGCUGAUAUAAACUUUUAUGGCUCGGAAGACACAUGCUGGCUGAACAGGGAAAAUGGAGGGAUCUGGAUAUUUGUGGUUCCAGCUCUGGUCAUUGCAGUGAUCAAUGGUAUCAUAAUGAUCUUAACUGUGAGGGUUCUUAGGACGGUUAGGGUGUUUCAGAAUAAGACAGACCGGGAAAAGAUCAAGUCGACCGUAAAGGCGACUAUCGUGAUCUUACCCGUCCUUGGUGUGACGUGGAUAACAGGAAUACUAGUCAACAUAUCAGUCGUAUUUAGUUACCUCUUUGCCAUUUUCAACGCGUUCCAGGGAGUAUUUAUUUUCAUCAUGCAAAUCCUCAUGAAUGCCGAGAUCCGGUCUGCACUGCGCCUGCGCAAGAGUCGUAUUCUGCCGUUCAACACAUCGUCGAUUUUGGAUAGAACUGUUACGAGCAACAACACUGCUAAUAGCAACAAGAGCCAUACGACCCAAACAGGUGUAGGAGUGGUUUCCAUUAGUGGCAGUCAGGGAAGUGUGAUUGGCGAACAAAUGCCUCGUGCGGAAUGAGGUGGCUUCGGAAUGGAUUUAAAUCACCACGAUUGAUGUACUUUCACGAUUUUAUAUGAAUAUACGAUUCAUUUUUUAAAUAUUUCAUGUUAAAAAAAUCCAACUUACAAAGGAACGAAUAAAUAAAGGAACAAAUUGAUUGAACGUAUAAUUAUUUUGUGUAUUUUUUACCCCAUUCUGGGACCAAUACUUCAUUUUUAGUACUAAAUUUGAAAUGACGUUUUCAAUGAGUCAAUUUAUAAUCUUUUGUAAAAUAAUACAUUUCUCAUCAUACAGGGAAUGAGGUGGCUUCGGAACGGCUUUAAAUCACCACCAUUGAUGUACUUUUACGAUUUUAUAUGAAUAUACUAUUCAUUUUUUUAGAUCUUUUAUGAGAGCACCUAUAUAUGUGUAAAUAUUUCAUGGUAAAAAAAAAUCAACUAACAACGAAGUGAAUAAAUAAAGGAACAAAUUGAUUGAAAGUAGAAAUAUUUUUGUGUAUUUUUAUACCCCACUCUUGGACCAAUACUUCAUAUUUUAAUGCCAUAAUUGAAAAGACGUUUUCAAUGAGUCAAUUUAUAAUAUUUUGUAAAAUAAUAAAUAAAAUAAGCCUAAUGGUUCUUAUGUCAUUUGUUGUUCGCUUUUUCGUUUUUUGUAUUCGCUUAUAUUCACAUCCCUGGCAGUUAUAUUAACCUGCUGUUUGGUUAUUCAAGACUUGUAGGUCUACUGAUUUUGAUCAUUUAUUUUGUAAAAUCUAAUUGUAUUUUAUAUGGUGUGUGACCAGUAGUCAGUUUUAAGCAGUGAAAAAAAAAACGACCGACGAAAAUUUAUGAAAUUUGAUACAGAUUUUUUUCACAUUACUAGAUUAAAAUCUUAAGUGCAAAAACAUUCGAUGAUUCAUUUGUACGGCGACUUUUUAUGCAUGAAUAUUUGCAGCAUUUAAUUACUUUUCUUAAAAAUCGUUCAUUUAUGAGAAUUUACGAGAAUAGCAUUUAAAUACAUGUAUGUGUAAUGUUUAGAAUAUUCCUGACAGAUAUUUUUGAAAUGUUAAUGUUGCUUCUGCUUUUUAUACUGUUAAUAUUACUUCUACCACUUCCACCACCACCACUUCUACUACUACUACUACUACUACUACUACUACUACUACUACUACUACUACUACUACUGCUGCUGCUGCUGCUACUACUACUACUACUACUACCACUACUAACACUACUACUACUACUACUUCUACUACUACUACUACUUUUCUACUUAUACUCCUCCUCUUACCACCACUACUACUAUUGUACUAUUACAACUGCUUGCAUGAUCAACACUUCUCUUUCAUUGUAGUAUCUUUAAAACAAUUAAAAUACAAUGGGAAUCAUUGAACAUAAAGUAUAAUAUUAGACCCGAGUGUACAAAAUGCGGGAAAAUCCUGAACUGUUGCAAAGAGGGAAUCUGUUUUGUAGCAACCAGCUAAAAAGCACAUAAAAGCCUGCAAUUUUUUGUAAAGACUUUCCGCAAUAUACCAUAGUUGGUACAGUUUCAUUACAUUCAUAGUAAUUUUGAUAAAUAUUUAGGGUAAUAGCUCUUUCAACGUACCAUGAUGACAUGGUUUUUGGUUGUUGUUUUUUUUCCUUCGGGAAAUAAUCAAGGUUUAUUGUUACAGGUUUUCUUUAUACCGUAGUUUGUUAAGUCUCCUAUUAAUAUAAUUGAUAACAUUACCCACGAUAUUUUCAUUUGAUUUCAUUUAUUUCCAUAUCCAACAAAGAAAUAUAAUUCAAGUAACAAAAUAUGUAUUGUAAAACAAUGUAAAGCAUUGGAAUUCAUUUAACAAUGGGCUGAUAUUGUAAAAGAGGUAGUUUAUAUAACAGGUUGCGUAAGGAGAGGACUGCUAAAAAGCCAGGUAUGUAGAAUGCAGUCCCCUAUAACUUGAAUUUCCGGUGGGGUGUUUUGUUUUUGUUCAAUUGCUGAUUUUUAUUUCAGUCAAAUGUUUUUAAAGAUAUCUGAUACAGCCUAAGAAAUUGUCGAUUUAUUUUAUCAAGGUCAGUUUACUGCUUACCUGCAACCAUUAUGUUUUCAUAUCAAUAAUCAUGAAAAAUUUAUUGUGCGUUUAGGGGUUAAAUAUAAAAUCACGAAGAUGUAAGACAAGUAUGGUUUCCACCGAAGUUAUUAAAAAAUUGAUAUAAAUCUUGUACAUUACACAUCAUUUUUCUCUCGAUAGCUCUUAUUUCAGAAAAAUUCAAGCAAUAUAUAUUCAAUCAAUAAUUUUAUCGUAUGAAUUACAUCAGUAAUAUAUAAGUGUAUAAUAUGUCGCUAUCUGGAAUUAAAACCUAAGUGCCUAUCUGUGAAUAAUUCAUUGUC